CCUUGUGUUUAAGAGGAAACGUGGGCAGCCUGGGGCCAGGGAAGGAGAGCACCAAGGGGAUGGGCGGGAGGACCUAGAACCCAUUAGGGCUUCAAGGAGACGGGAGGGCUGGGCUGCAGUCUGAGAACGGCCUGUAGAGGGCAGUAUGUGCCAGCGGGAAGCCACUCGCCAAGCCCCCAGCCAGGUCAGUCUUCUGCGUAACCCCUGAAGAGUCUGGGACUAACCACGCACUAGCCCCGACCCUCAUUAGUUCUUUCUUGCCUUCAAAAAUACACGUACCAACCAGGCACGUACUCCGUGCUUCUCCACGACAGACAAAGUCACCGGAUCACGCACACGGAUGUACAAAGUAUAGCUGGCACCAUCAAGCCCCCAUGAUCCCCAACCAGAGCGCACCCCCGGACGCUAUGGCCCACCCCUCCGGCCGGCCCCGCGUGUAGGAUGGUAGCACACAACCAGGUGGCAGCCGACAAUGCAAUCUCCACGGCAGCAGAGUCCCGACGGCGGCCAGAGCCUUCCUCGUCCUCGUCCCCGCCCUCGCCCUCGGCGGCGCCCGCGGUCCCCGCGCGCCCGCGGCCCUGCCCGGCGGCCCCGGCCCCGGCCCCCGGCGACACGCACUUCCGCACGUUCCGCUCUCACGCCGAGUACCGGCGCAUCACCCGAGCCAGCGCGCUGCUCGACGCCUGCGGCUUCUACUGGGGGCCCCUGAGCGUGCACGGGGCGCACGAGCGGCUGCGCGCCGAGCCCGUGGGCACCUUCCUGGUGCGCGACAGCCGCCAGCGGAACUGCUUCUUCGCCCUCAGCGUGAAGAUGGCCUCGGGCCCCACGAGCAUCCGCGUGCACUUCCAGGCCGGCCGCUUCCACCUGGACGGCAGCCGCGAGAGCUUCGACUGCCUCUUCGAGCUGCUGGAGCACUACGUGGCGGCGCCGCGCCGCAUGCUCGGGGCCCCGCUGCGCCAGCGCCGCGUGCGGCCGCUGCAGGAGCUGUGUCGCCAGCGCAUCGUGGCCACCGUGGGCCGCGAGAACCUGGCGCGCAUCCCCCUCAACCCCGUCCUCCGCGACUACUUGAGCUCCUUCCCCUUUCAGAUCUGACCGGCCUCGCACGCAGCAUUAACUCGAGGGCCUUGUUAUUAUUAAUUAUUAUUUCCCUGGAACCACGUGGGUGCCCUCCCCACCUGGGUUGGAGGGAGCGGGUGUGGGGGCGAGGCGCCUCCCCUUCUCGGCUGGAGACGAGGCCGCAGACCCCUCCCCAUGUCUUGGGGCGGGGGCGCACCCCCCACCCCCCGGUGCUCCCUCUGGAUCUCCCUGGUUGUUGCAGCACCUUAACUGUAUGUGGGGCCAGGACCUGAAUUUACCUCCUACCUCUUCAUGUUUACAUAUACCUAGUAUCUUUGCACAAACCAGGGGUUGGGGGAGGGUCUCUGGCUUUAUUUUUCUGCUGUGCAGAAUCCUAUUUUAUAUUUUUUACAGCCAGUUUAGUUAAUAAACUUUAUUAUGAAAGUUUUUUUUUUUAAAGAAAAAAGGUUUCUAGAGCGUGUGCUUUGCUCCCAGGAUUUCUCCGGGGUUCUGACCGGGUCCACGGCAGAGCGGUCCUAAGACUGAUGGGUUUGGCUGGAGGUGGAGUGUGACCUGUGCUCUGUGGCCGGGGGACCUGCAUGGUUCCAGCCCUCAGGGGGAGAGGAGUAGCGGGUCCAGCGUUGGUGUUUCGUGUGGGGUAAAAUGGCAGCUCCGUGUUUGAGCCCUUAACGUGUGCCUUGCCCUGUUCUGGGUUUUCCAUGCCUCAAUCAGACGAGCCUAUGAAGCAAGACGCUUCUCAUUUUUCCAGAGGAGAAAAGCAAGGCAGGGGGUGAAUGUGCCUGUGGCCAUUCCCGUGUCAGAGAAGACACCUGGGCGUCUUGUGGCUGUCCACCCAGAAUCUGUCUGAAAUGGAUGACAGAGAGGAAACUUCUUUCAUUCUGUGACCACAAAGACUUCCAGGAA